CAUGAGUUGCGUGAAAAUGGGGAGCAAAAUUGUUAUUGUAGUGUUAGUGGGACUGCCAGGCGCUGGCAAAACUAGUUUUUGUGAUCAAUUAAAGCGAUGUUUGAGAGAAAAAGUUAAUUUUUAUCACCUUUGUUUCGAUUUGUUGUUCGAAAUUCAACGAAAUGUACGAGAAUUUAAGACAUUGAGAAGGAAAUUUGUGGAAUUGACCAGAAUUUUAGUGAAAAGUAUCAAAUUUGAGGACUUUGAGCCUGUUGAAAGUCACUUGAAACAGCAUUUGGAUGCAAAUUUAAGUAAAAUAAUUGAAAAUUACGACAAAAAUCAUCAAAUUUCGUACAUCAUCAUCGACGAUAACAACUUUUACCGCAGCAUGAGAUACAACUUUUACCAAAUUGCACGAGAAUUUGCUUGUAGCUUUUGUCAAAUUUAUUUCGAAGUACCUUUAGAAGUCGCUAUUCAACGAGAUUUGGCUCGCAAGACCUCUGUUGGAGCUGAAAUUAUCCAAAAAAUGUCUGAACAACUCGAAAUUCCCAUAAAUUCUAAUUCGUGGGAACGAAAUUCGCUCUUUACUGAUGUUGAAACUGCUGAUUUCAAUGAAAUUUUUGAUUUUAUAGAAAAAUUACUGCCCGAAGAGCCCUUAAAAGAAGCUCCCGCUCCUGCAACUCAAACAGAAAUCCAUAAAAUUGAUUUAAUUUUGCGGAAAUUAGUUAGUAAAAAAGUACAAGAAGCUUCUAAUAAAGCAAAAACUGCCGAAAUUUUACAAGAAAAGCGAAAACGCAUCCUUGAAGACAUCCGUAACGGAGUAAUUUGCACCAAAAAUGUCGUUUUUGAAGAUAUUUUGCUUGAAACUGGGACAAAAUAAACAUCUUUC